AACUGUCUACUUGCUUUUUUUACGAUCUCUUCGCCGCAAGCACAGUCGUGCAGACGAACGGAGAUGUGCCUAAGGUGUCGAUUACUCACAGUGUAGAAUGCGGUAGCGGUCAAAUCCGGCCUCGCGAAGCUUUCGAGCCAGAAAGCACCUGUGGACCCUUCUGCAACUGGCCUGCUGAACGGCGAGCAGACAGCACGCCACGCAGACAACAGCCAGGAGUGCGGCAGGAGUCGGCGUCUUGUUCUUCGGUACCGGCAUUUUGAUGCGUCGACGAAUGCAUGGCAGUGGACUGACGAGGCCCAGGAGAGGGAGAGGGGGCCGAGGGCGUGGCCUCUCCAGGGGGCGUGGCCUCGGUGCGAUGGCCUCUCCGUACCACCUCCACCACCAGCAGCAGGCCCCACCCCAGCCUCCGCUUCAGCCCCAGCAGCACAUGGGCCUGGGCGUCGGGCCUGUGCUAGGGGGUCCUGGACUGGGGGCGGGGCCGGGGGGCCUCGGCCCACCUCUCAUGUCGCCGGUCCAGCCCAUGGGCGGUCCGUCGGGAUUCCUGCCCACGGGCCCACCCGGCCCGGGGGACGGCAGUGGCGACCCAGGGGUCCCUCUGCAGCCCAAAGAUUUCAACACGGCCAUUAUGUGUCGCAUGGGCCAGGAGAUCGUGCAGGAGAUUGUGGCCAAAGCAAUUGAGCUAUUCCAGACCCUGAAGGCACUGCAGCCGCCAACUGGGGUAGCCUCCAGCAUGCAGGGCCAGGAGGAGCGUCGCAUCAAGCUGCAGGAGACGCUGCGCAAUGUCGGGCUACUCUUCAGAAAGCUUCACCGAGUGCACGGCAUCUGCAGCGACCUGAGUGCAGCUGUGGCCAGCAGCCAGUACACACCCAUCGAGCCCGACGUGACACUUCAGAGCCUGGUGCCCAUGGUGGACGACCCCAAGCCCAGCGAGGAGAAAAAGCCUUCGGAGGCAACGCGUGCACUCCUCGAGGAGAGGGCACGUCUCACUGAGCAAGUGGUGCUCAAGAACCGUCAGCUGAAAGAGGUCAUCGACGCUCUUCGUAACAUCAUCUGGGAGAUCAACACCAUGCUGGCCAUGCGUAAAAGACAUCUACAGUUUACCCAUAGGAUCUCAUCACAAGCCAAGUGACAGGAAAUGUAAAUUAUUGAAGUGUUAGCAUUUUUUUUUUUUGCUGCAGCAGUAGUAUAUGCGGAGCCAAGUAGAUAUGGAGUCAGCCAGCAACAAUGAGCGUUGGUGUCGCACCCCAAAGCUGUUUCGAGGCAGCCCAAGUCCAUGUGCAGGCACAAACGGUGGCGGGCGGUAUUAGAAAAUGAGAAGCUCACUACAGAGCAUGUGACGUGGUACCAUGUUAUGGUGCAUGAGGCGUAGAGGCCCACUGGGGAAGUGCUUGGUUCCUUUCUGCACAUGACUGCAUCCAAGAAGGCUGCAAGGGGCAAGAGCAGGUCCAGAACGCACAUCAAGAUGGGCUCAAUAGCUGCAAAGGAGAUCCGAAGGCCAACCAUGUUUAGCAGGGCUAGGAAUGGCCAGAGAUGCCAAAAGAAUGACAUGCAGAAUGGCAAAUAUUCGGAAGCAAGGUGACAGAAGCACGCUUCAUGUAGAGGCAGCACCCAAUGCAUCAGACAUAGAGUUAAGAGGGGCCGAGUUUUCCUGGAGCGCUCGAGCACUCCACUACGCAUAUACUGCUGUUGCGACUUGUGACCUGUGGAUUCCCUUACACUACAGGUCUGCAAGUUUCUCUUCCUUCUUUUUUCAAAUCUAUUCUGGUUUCUGCAGUCAGCGGCUGCACUUACGCAUUUUCAGUGUGUGAGCAGAGAGCAAGAUCACCUUCUGCCUAUUGAAUGAAAGAACUCGCCUGUGAUUUCUUGCUCUAAAUCAGUGCUUCUAAGAAAUGAAUUUCAUGUAGAGUUUUCAUUGUUCAAUUUUAUAUAAAUUACGAAGCUGUUAAAAAAGCCCGAGAAACAAGAGUGUGCGUGAAAAUGCCAUCAUCAAUUCUGAGAUAUUUGGGUGCUUGAAAGGCUGCAAGAACAGUCAUUGGUUCAGUGGUCCAUGACACAGAAAUGCAAGUUGUGCCAGAACAUAUUAGAUUGGUGAUCAAGUGACCCGACUUGGCAGCAUGACUAAUAAAGAAGUACCAACACGAAAUUUCAGAGUCCCGUUUUUCUUUCAGUGCAAUACCAAUUAAAUGGACACUCUAGACACAUUCGCGCUGCCACUGUCGAGCCGUCACGGUACCGGCUGGGCUUGUGUAGCCAACUCGUGGUGGCUCGGUAGGUCUCGAGAGA